CUGAGAAGUAAGAAGUAGAUCCAAUAUCCAAGCCUCAUCAUGGGUGUGGAAAAUGGGGUUAAUGACUACACACAGGAUGGCACUGUGGAUCUCAAAGGAAACCCAGUCCGCAGGUCCAAGAGAGGUGGAUGGACUGCUUGCUCCUUUGUUGUCGUGUAUGAGGUGUUCGAACGCAUGGCCUAUUAUGGUAUAUCUACAAAUUUGGUUAUCUACCUGACAAAGAAGCUGCAUCAGGGCACAGUCACCUCCUCCAACAAUGUUACCAACUGGGUUGGCACCGUUUGGAUGACCCCGGUUUUGGGGGCCUACAUCGCUGAUGCCUAUCUUGGUCGCUAUCUCACCUUUGUCAUCGCUUCUGCUAUUUAUCUCGCGGGAAUGUCUCUUCUAACAGUAGCAGUUUCAGUCCCUGGAUUGAAGCCACCUCGAUGUGUUGAAACGGAUAUGGCAGACUGUAAGAAGGCCUCGACGUUACAAUUAGCGGUAUUUUUUGGGGCCCUCUACACGUUGGCGGUGGGAACGGGUGGAACUAAGCCCAACAUUUCGACGAUUGGUGCGGAUCAGUUUGAUGAUUUUGAUCCCAAAGAGAAGGGUCACAAGCUUUCAUUCUUCAAUUGGUGGAUGUUCAGCAUAUUCUUUGGGACCCUCUUUGCCAACACUAUUCUGGUGUACAUACAAGAUAAUGUGGGCUGGACCCUGGGUUAUGGCCUUCCCACUGCUGGCCUGGCCAUAUCCAUUGUGAUAUUCUUAGCUGGUACACCCUUUUAUAGGCACCGGGUGCCCUCUGGGAGCCCCUUCACGAGGAUGGCUAAGGUCAUAAUUGCUGCCCUCAGGAAAUGGAAGACACCAGUCCCCACUGACCCUAAAGAACUCUAUGAGCUUGACUUGGAGGAAUAUGCCAAGAAAGGGAAGUUUAGAAUUGAUUCCACACCAACCUUGAGGUUCCUCAACAAGGCUUGCGUGAAGACCGGUUUAAAGGAUCCAUGGAUGCUAUGCUCGGUCACCCAGGUGGAGGAGACCAAGCAAAUGUUGAGAAUGAUUCCAAUACUAAUUGCCACAUUCGUUCCGAGCACCAUGAUUGCACAGAUCAAUACCCUUUUCGUUAAGCAAGGGACUACUCUUGAUAGAGGCAUUGGCAGCUUCAACAUUCCUCCGGCAAGCUUGACAGGAUUUGUGACAAUUUCCAUGCUUGUCUCUGUUGUUUUAUAUGAUCGUUUCUUUGUCACGAUGACGAGAAGGUUGACGAAAAACCCGAGGGGGAUCACUCUCCUCCAAAGAAUGGGAAUAGGCCUUGUUUUUCACAUUUUUAUUAUGAUGGUUGCAUCUUUGGUAGAGAGGAGGAGACUUAGUGUGGCCAAGGAUCAUGGUGUGGUUGAGAGCGGAGGACAAGUUCCCUUAUCCAUACUUAUUUUACUUCCUCAGUUUAUACUUAUGGGAACGGCGGAUGCAUUUUUGGAGGUGGCCAAGAUUGAGUUCUUUUACGACCAGGCACCUGAAAGCAUGAAGAGCCUUGGGACUUCUUAUUCUAUGACUAGUCUAGGAAUUGGAAACUUCCUCAGUAGCUUCCUUCUUACGACGGUUUCUCACAUCACCAAGAAGCAUGGACACCAUGGAUGGAUUCUGAAUAACCUCAAUGCUUCUCAUCUUGACUACUACUAUGCAUUUUUUGCAAUACUCAACUUCUUGAAUUUCAUUUUCUUCGUAGUUGUAACCAAGUACUAUGUGUAUAAGGCUGAAGUUUCAGAUUCCAUGGAAGUGCUAGAAGGUCAAUUGAGGGGGCUGACACCUGCUGUGACUAACCAAGAAGAGUCGAGGACUUAGGAUGACUGGAUAUGUGAUCAAGAAGAAAGUCUAUACAAAAAAGGGUCAUUGCUAAAGCUCAACGAUGUGGAGCAGGUUAUGUGGUCUCAGUAGAGGCUACAUUUCUCGAUGAGCCCGUGUUCCAGCUCCAAUUGAUGCCUAACUGCUAGGGGUGAUAGACAAUAUAUGUUAGAGCAGCAAAAAGAAAGAGAAAUAGACUAUUCAUGGAAAGAAGGAUAAAGUAUUGUUUAAACCUUGGGUAAAGGAUGAAGGUAUGAAAUAUAGUCAAGCAAAGACCUGCAAUAGUCUCAUGUACGUUUCUCUUUUCAAAUAUUCAUCUGCACCCAAAAGCUUAAAUUAAGCGCAGUCUGCUUAUAAUUC